GUACGAUAUUAGCGAAGAAGUCGAUGCAUCGGCAGCAGCGAUGACGAUAUAAGUUUGAGAUUUGGAGAAGAAGGAUAGGAUCUGCUUUACUGUUUGUGCUUCUAGACGACAGCCAGAAUCUAGCAGGGACAAGACAGUUAAGAGCAGCUGUUUUUCGAAGCCAGCACAGUUUAGUUCAGAGUAUCGCGCAGAGUCCUCUCCGCUCACCUCAUCGCGCUGCAGCACAUCAACUGCCGCUCAGAAUCCACAACCACAGUCUACUACAUAUUAACAACUAAUUCCUACAAUGGCCGCAACUGCUCGACGGAAGCUCCUUCUGAUGGGACGGAGUGGAUCAGGAAAGUCUUCAAUGCGAAGCAUCAUCUUCAGCAACUACUCUGCAUUCGACACUCGCCGAUUAGGAGCCACCAUCGAUGUCGAGCAUCAGAACCUGCGAUUUCUCGGAAAUCUAACGCUAAACCUGUGGGAUUGUGGAGGACAAGAUGCAUAUAUGGACAACUACUUUUCCUCGCAGCGAGAUAAUAUCUUCCAAAUGGUGGAGGCGCUAAUCUUUGUCUUUGACGUUGAAUCCAAAGAACUCCGAAAAGACAUUGAGACCUUUGUACUCUGCCUUCGAAACCUUUACGAGUUCUCCCCGGGCGCCAGGAUCUUUGCUCUCGUGCACAAGAUGGAUCUUGUUGUGGUCGAGAAGCGACAGGACGUGUACAAAGCACUCAUGCACAGUCUCGAGGAUACCUCGGCCAUGUUCUCGUUCAAAGUCCAGGGGUUCGCGACCACGAUCUGGGACGAGUCGCUGUACAAAGCGUGGUCGAACAUCGUAUGCUCUCUGAUUCCCAACGUCGGGAUAUUCCAAAAACAUCUACAGUCGUUCGCCGACAUCUCUGAAGUCGACGAGGUUAUCUUGUUUGAGAAGACGUCGUUCCUGGUAAUCUCCCAUGUCACUGGAAACCGAUCACCCGGCUUCAAAUCCGACUCGACCCGAUUCGAGAAAAUCAGCAACAUCAUCAAACAAUUCAAGCAAAGCUGCAACAAGCUGCGCUCGCAGUUCCAGUCGCUCUCCCUCAGAGGAAGUGAUUGCUCCGCUUACAUUGACUCCAUGACCGCCAGCACAAUGAUAAUGGUCGUCAUGGCCAACCGAGCUGUGCCGGACGAUGGUACUAAUGGAGAUGACGCGGUAGAUGGCAGCAGCGCUGUGAACUUGUUGGCAGACCAGGAUCCGUUCUCGGGCGAGGCGGAGAAUAAUAUCAUUCUUGCGAAUAUCAAGAUUGCGAGGAAAAUGUUUGAGAAGAUCGAGAACCUGAGCUUGGAGUAGCGAUGACUCUUCUUGACUGUUUUUUCAGAUUUAUAUAAAGAUAUAAUUUUGAUGGUUUGAUGUUGUAACUUAGUCGGGGGUUUGUGACACUUUAUGGAGUUCCAAUUUGCAUUGCAUUCCAGUUUCUGAAUUUCUAAUUUCCAAAAUAAACCUCGUAUAGCAAUCAAUCAUGGUUACGACUACUCGUAUUAUACAACUCCAGCGCAGACAUAAACGGUUUAUAUAUACAUGUUUCCAUCUUCAAUCCCGCC